AUGGGCGAUGAAAAGAAGGUUAUGUUUCAUGAAAUGGAGUUAGACGAUCGAUUACUCAAGGCUAUAUCACAGCUAGGUUGGUCUACUCCGACAUUGAUUCAAGAAACAGCGAUACCGUUACUUUUGGAGGGCAAAGAUGUUCUAAUGAGGGCGAGGACAGGCUCCGGUAAAACUGCUGCCUUUACCAUUCCAGUUAUCCAAAAGAUUUUGAAUUUGAAGAACACCAGCACACAUCAAUGUAUAAGAUGCUUGAUAUUAUCACCGAGCAAGGAACUGUGUGGCCAGAUAACUGCAGUAAUAACAGAGCUCACAAUCAAAUGUUCAAGAGAAGUCCGCUGCAUAGAUGUCUCAUCGAACACAAAUACACAGAUACAAAAGUCACUCUUGGCAGACAAACCAGAUAUAGUGGUGGCGACACCGGCUAGGGCUUUAGCGCACUUGAAAGCUGGCAAUAUGAAACUAAAGGAAGAUCUAGCGAUGAUGAUUGUUGAUGAAGCCGAUUUGGUGUUUUCAUUCGGCUAUGAAGAUGAGGUGAAAGAGCUCCUAGGAUAUCUACCAAAAAUAUAUCAAGCGGUACUAGCUUCUGCCACACUCUCCGAUGACGUGAUCAACUUGAAGAAGAUUGUUCUUCGUAACCCGGUGACACUGAAGCUGGAGGAACCGGAACUGGCACCCUCUUCACAGUUGCAACAUUAUCAUCUGUUUGCUGAAGAGGAUGAUAAAGCGGCAAUACUUUAUGCUUUACUCAAACUUAAUUUAAUCAGAGGAAAGAGUAUAAUCUUCGUGAGAACUGUGGAUAGAUGUUACAAAUUAAAAUUGUACCUAGAACAAUUCAAGAUCGGUUCGUGUGUGCUGAAUUCAGAGCUCCCAGCAGCCAUCCGAUGCUUAUCUGUGGAUCAAUUCAACAAGGGUCGCUUUCAAAUCAUUGUCGCUUCAGAUGAAAAGGCACUCGAGAAACCUGAUGGUGGCUUGCUGGCGGGAGAGGAAAUAAUUAAAAAGAAUAAGCAAAAGUCGAAACGCAAGAAAGACAAAGAGUCCGGAGUCUCGCGCGGCAUCGAUUUCCAGCACGUGGCGAACGUGAUCAACUUUGACUUUCCUCUGGACGUGACGUCAUACGUGCACCGAGCUGGCCGGACUGCGCGUGGGCUCAAUCAGGGUUCCGUGCUGUCCUUCGUAUCGAUCAGAGAAAAGCCAUUACUUGAAGAAGUCGAGGCACACUUAUCCAAAGGGUUCAACGGACAAAAAGUUUUGCAGAAGUAUUCCUUCGCACUGGAGGAGGUGGAGGGGUUCAGGUACCGUUCCCGGGACGCUUGGCGGGCCGUGACAAGGAUUGCGGUUCGCGAAGCCAGGCUACAAGAGAUUAAGCGGGAACUUCUCAAUUGUAACAAACUUAAGGGCUUCUUCGAGGACAAUCCAACAGAAUUGGCAGCCAUCAAACGUGAUAAGGCCCUCCAUACUGUUCGGCUGCAGGAGCAACUGGCUCAUGUACCGGAUUACUUACUGCCGGAUGCUCUAAGGAAUGACACUCAAGAAGCCACCACAGAGGCACCAGCAGCACCCCAGCCGGAGAGCAGAAAGAGAAAGCAAAAGAACAACUUUGGUAGCAUCAAGCGGCAUAAGUAUCAGGCCCGACACAGCAACCCAUUGCGGAGCUUCGACCUUAAAUCACUGAAGAAGACCAGCGAUACGUAG